AUGACGAAAGAAGAUAAUAAGGCAGCGAAUGUAGCUAAGGCUACAAACGUGAAAGGGUUUACUGUAGGCGAAGAAAAGCAGAAAAGACACCCGGCACCAUCAGCGGAAGCUAAAGCAACUGAGAUCACGCCGGUACAACCGGUACCAACUCUGACUAAACGGAAACGCCUUCAACCGCCCUGGGCUCCGGGACCGGGGGCCGGGGCUGGGAAUCGACUGGGAGUCUGGGAGUCUGUACUCUCUAAAGAGAGACUCUCUAGAGACUCUAGACCCGGUCCCUCCUGUGACCCCUCUCUCUCGCUAGAGAGAGGGCAGACCUCAUUACGUUUCCCGUUUAAACGCAAAGAAUAA